AUGACUGGCUUUGGUGCCUUUCCCCUCGCGAAUAAAAUCAUCGUUGUCACAGGCGGUGGUUCAGGUAUCAACCUUGCCUUUGUGCGUCAGGCACUGGAUCUCGAGGCCCGUGUCGUUGUUGCCGAUUUGAGGUUGACAGCUGAAGCGCAAGACCUGGUCGAUACGUCUCCCAACGCCGUCUUUAAAAAAUGCGAUGUGGCAGAUUGGAAAGAUCUCCAGAAUCUCGUGGGUACCGCUGUGCAGGAGUUCGGAGAUGUCCCUGAUGUUUACGUCGCCGGCGCCGGCGUCUUCGAGCCUUUGUGGUCAAGUUUCCAGGGAGAUACCGAGACUGAACGCUACGCCCAAGUGGAUAUUAACGUGAACCACCCUAUCAAGCUCACGAGGAUAGCGAUAAGAGAGUUGGGCAAUAAGAAGAAAAAAGGCGUGGUUCUCAUCACUGGUUCAGUUGCUGGGCUUCGAGGGGAGUAUGCCGUCGCCCUAUACUGUGCAACAAAACAUGCAAUUACCGGCUUCGUACGAUCCAUGAAGAAUGCCCAGUCGAUGAAUGGUGUCAAGGUCGUAGCCGUUGCCCCCGGUAAGGUUCACACUCCAAUGUGGACAGAGGACGACGACAAGUUGAAGCAAUUCAAUUACGAUGCGGGAAGGGCCAAUACACCGGACGAAGUGGCAGCAGCAAUGGUCGAUCUUAUAGUGGAAGAAAGAUAUACGGGAGGGACAAUCCUACAAAUGACCAAGUCGGGGACCCGUGUAGUGGAAGACAACUGGGUGCAAACAUAA